AGAAAUAUGAAUGUAAAAAGAAAUACGCAAAUUUUCGAUUUGUACUGGGAAGAUAUAUUAGUGUCGAAUAUCAUGCCAUACUUAACAAUCAGAGAAUGUUUUAAUUUUCGCUGUGUUUCCAAAACUUGUGUCCAAAUAAUAGAUAUGUAUUUUGCGAAAUUAAAAUCAUUGAAACUGAUGAAUAAAGGAUUUUCGCCGCAUACAUUCCAAGUAUUCACAUUAACAUGCAGAAGAUUAAGACUUUUGAAUUUGAGCCGAUGCAUGACUAUCACCGAUAAAGAUAUAAUGCCCAUGCUAGGACAGAAUCCAGAACUCAUAAAUUUAAACCUAAGUCAAUGUAAAAAUUUGACUGCCAAGUGUCUACAGCCAGUUAUAUUAUAUUGUAAUAAUCUGCGAGUUUUGAAGCUUUCUAAGUGUCCCUGGCUUACGACGGGUGCUAUGGAGGCUCUCGCACUUCAUCAGAACCAGUUAGAAGACGUAGACUUGUCAUUCUGUGUGUCAAUUUCGGAGAGUUGUAUCCUUGUAUUCAUAAAAAAAUUUAGACUAUUGAAGACUUUAAAUUUGGAAGGCAAUGUACAGAUAACAGAUAGGUGUCUGUUCACUAUGUCUAAGUAUAGUAAUUCUCUGAAGCUACUCAACUUAGGAGGAUGCCUGGAAAUUUCAGACAAGGGUAUUAUGGCUUUGGCGUUACACUGCCACAAUCUCGAAGGUCUUCUCAUAAGAGGAUGUACUAAGGUGACAGAGAAUAGUCUGCGACUAAUGAGAAAUAGAGUACAUUUAGACAGAAGACCAGCAGAGACGCCACCUGUACCUAUAAAUCUGCCAAUUUAA